AUGAAAAAAUUUCUGGUAGCAUAAAAAUCUAUUGGAUUUGUUCGGUCAAUUAGAGAAAUCUUUGAUGAAGAGUACAAUGAACAUGCUUAAGAAUAUGAUGAAAUAUUAUAGACAAUAAAAAACAGUUAAUAGUAAUUUACAGAUACUAAUUUUCCUCCUUAAAGUAGUUCCUUAAGUUUAUCAGAAUUACCAAAGAGUAUAGUAAUAAAUGAAAGUAGGUUGGAAAAAAUUAACAUGGAAAAGAGCGAAUGAAAUCUUUGAAGAUUUUGAUAUAUUUAGUGGAUGUAUAGAGCCAUCAGACAUAAAAUAAGGAAUCUUAGGAGAUUGUUAUUUUCUAUGUGCACUUAGUGUAAUUGCAGAGAAAUGUGAAUUAGUAAAGAGACUGUUCCAUAACAGCGAAGUGAGUUAAUAUGGGUUAUAUGCAGUAUGGUUAAAUAUAAAUGGAGAAUGGACAUCAGUAGUAAUUGAUGAUUAUUUUCCAUGUACAGAUAAUUUACCUGCCUUUAGUAGGGCGAAUGGAUUAUGGGUUAUGCUUUUAGAGAAAGCUUAUGCAAAAGUUUAUGGAUCAUAUUUGAAUAUAGAAGGAGGGAAUCCUGCAAUAGCAAUGAGAGAUCUUACAGGAGCCCCAUAUGAGAAUAAAGAGAGUGGUUCAGCUUAAGAAUUUUGGGAGUAUUGUGAAUAAAAUCAUGCUCAAGGAUUUUUAUUAACAGCUUAUACAAAAGAAGCUGAAUUGAUUAAUCAUGAGAACGAAUUGGGAUUAUUGGCUGGACAUGCUUAUGCUAUAUUGAAGUUGGCAAAUGUAUUAGAUUAGAAUAAUAAAUUAUGUCGAAUAAUGCAGAUGAGAAAUGUAAUGAAUUAAAUUUAUUUAAUAGCCUUGGGGAAGAGUAGAAUGGAAAGGAGAUUGGUGUGAUAGUAGUAAUAAAUGGACUGAAUAGACAAAAUAAUAAUAUAGUGUAGAAGAUAAUGAUGAUGGAAUUUUUUGGAUGUCAAUAGAGGAUUUCCGAACAUUUUUUGCAGGAAUAGGAGUUUGCAAGAUUAAGAAUGAUUACAUAUAUAAUAGCAUUCAAUGUUAAUUAAAUGAAUAGAAUAAUUGUAUAAUACAUUUAGAUAUGGUUGAAGACUCUCAUAUUUAUAUUUCAUUUAAUUAGAAUGAUAAUAGAUUUCAUUUGAAUUAGAUUGGUGAUUAUAGGUAUUCAUUUGUUAGAAUAAUUGUAUCUGAAUUGGUGAAUGAUACACUUAAAUAUAUUUCAGGUAUUUAUAGGGCUGAUAGAAAUGUUGUAGUUGAACAGAAUUUAAAGAAGGGUUAAUAUUUAGUAUUUAUUGAAUUAUAAUGGCAAUAUCCAUAAAUAUAAAUUAUUAGUACAUUAAGUACAUAUGCAAGUAAAAAAGCUAAACUUAAACGUAUAAAUGGUUUGGAUUAUUUAAAUUCUAUUAGAAAUAUAAUAAAAGAUUAUUCUGAUAAUAAUGUUAAUAAAUUAAAAGAGAUAAACUAUUUAGAUUAAUAUAAUAAGAAUAUAUUUAAAAGAAUUGGUAUUGUUGAUGGAUAUUUAUUUCUUCAUUAUUAAAAUCAAACAUUUGAUAGUAUUUUAUAAGAAGUCAUUCAUUUCAGUGAUACUAUAGGAUAUGUACCAAUAUCUCCUUUGUAAUCUAAUAGUUUUUAAAAGGAUGGAUCAUUAAAGAUUCAAUUUACAUCACCACCUUAAUCUAUAGUUAUUAUUUUGUUAUCUUAAGUAAAAUACUUUAGUGAAAAUAGGUUAGAAGUUCAAUAGGAAAAUGUUAGUAUACUCAAUAAUCUUAAAGUUAAAUAAUAUGUAUUCCACAAAAACAUGAUUAAUAUGAUAAUAAUCAAUUCAUUUUAAAAUAGUUGAAUCUCUCUUAGAUGUAAUUAGUAGGAAGACAUAAAUUAAAUGUGAAAUAUUAUUAUUAAGCACAUUUAUAAACUAGAUUUAAGAAUUAAAACAUAAUUAAAAUAUUUGAACCUUAACCAGAAAAUAUAGAGUUAACAAGUUUAGAAACAUCAAUAUUUUAUUAUUUCCAUGAUUUCUUAUCAGGUAAUAUAAUUAAUUAAUUAUAGAAAUUUGGGAACCAUUUAUAUUUUAUAUAAUAAUGUUAAAUUUAUUAUUAAUUAUGAUAUUGAAUAAUCAUAGAACACAUUUAGCUUAAGUAUAUAUUUUUUAAUAUUUUAGAUUAGUAAUUUAUUACUUUUCAUAAGUUAAAUAUUGAGUGGUCAAAAAUAAAAAAAAUCUAUCAUUCGUAUAAUGUCUAAAGCAUAAUUUAUUUCAAUAUUUUUAGAGAUCAUAAUUAGAUUAUUGAGUUUUGAAUGUUAAUACUUUACACUACCUCCAAAUCAAAUGACUGUCCUUUAUAAGUUUUUAUUAAUUAUUACUAUUUUCCUUAAUUUCUUACUUUUUGUGUGUAUAUUGAAAUUCCUUAUUCAUUAUGAGACUAUUGAAACUGAAAUCUUUAACCCAAUGCAAAUAAGGUAUAAAUGUCUUUUUAAAUUAGAUUGAAUAAUUAUUUAAAAAAAUUGUCAUCUAUAUGA